UGCUGGCGAUGUGACAGACCACUGGCUGGCAAAGACUAUAUGCCAUUCGACCGUAAACCAUACUGUAUUCGAUGCUACCAAUCCAACUUCGGCAGUAACUGCCGAACAUGUUAUACAAAGAUUGCUCCAAACUGUCAACGUAUUUCUCUGGAGGACUAUCAUUGGCACGCCAGACCAGAAUGUUUCAAAUGCAGUUCCUGUCAUAAAGAUCUGCUCAAUCAGAAAAUUGUCCCGAAGGACGGCAUGAUAUUCUGCAGUGUAGACUGCCGCAGUAGGAUACUGUCAGAGCCAGUUUCUCCACGAUGUGUGCGACUUCCGAGUGAUAGUUCUUUCUCCAAUGACUAGGUCAUGGGAAUUGACUACAAAAGGCAUCAAAAUACAAUACAGAGGCCAAACAUGUAUCAAAGGGAGAGGACACAUUUGGCAAUGAUAUGCAUACGGAUGGACAAUCAAGUCAAUUCAUUAAAGGCCUCAUAUAAAGUUUAAACCAUUUUGGCUUUUAUUAGAGUCUAACCCAUAUUUACAAAAUAUGAUAUGUAAAAAAAGUUUAUAACUGUUUUGCAGCCAAACAUAAGUGGGACAUUUUAUUAAGCCUAUUGGAAUAGGAUGUCCUUUGUUUAAGCUUGACAAUGGUGUUUUGCACUGUAUAGUGGAAUAUUUGAUGAUUAUAAAACUUUUAUUUGAAAAUGGCGGGAUAUUUGAAAAGUUGACAAA